CCCGCGCCCGCCGGCUCGCGCAUGGCCCCGGCGUCUCUCGUCAUGAACUCCUCUGGGCUCAGGACAUGUGGCGGGGACCGCGUGGGGCCCGGCCCACUGCCCUUCAGUGUUGAAUCGCUGUUGGAGGCGCAGCACCGGUUGGGCCCGGAGCCCGCGGAGCCCCGGGAGGAGUGGCCGCGGGGCGCCGCGGAGACCCGAGCCUGGUUCUCGCCGGCCGCCCGCUCGUCCUCCCCACGCGCCCCCAGUCCUCCGCCCUGCACCCUCCGGAAACACAAGAACAACCGCAAGCCGAGGACGCCCUUCACCACCGCGCAGCUGCUGGCGCUGGAGCGCAAGUUCGGCCAGAAGCAGUACCUGUCCAUCGCUGAGCGCGCCGAGUUCUCCAGCAGCCUGAGCCUCACCGAGACGCAGGUGAAGAUCUGGUUUCAGAACCGCCGAGCCAAGGCCAAGCGGCUGCAGGAGGCCGAGCUGGAGAAGCUGAAGCUGGCGGCCAAGCCAAUGCUGCCCGCGUUCGCCCUGCCCUUCCCCCUGGGCACCCACCUGCAAGGCUCCCCGAGCGCUUAUGGCGGUGCCACGGGCACCCUGCCGCCGGUGCCGGGACUCCUCGCCGCGCCCAUCACCGCCUACGGCGUGUAUUACCUCUCCUAG